AUGGUCUUUAGAGAUAACUCAAAGUUUAAACCUUUUCUUUGGUCAACAUAUAAUGGAUUUUGUAACAUAUCUUUGGGAUAUUUCCUAACAAUUUGGUCUACUUUAUCUUUUAAUUUUAUAAUUAUCUUUCAACUAUUAGUAUUAUACCAAGGUAAAACAAUUACUUCCUUAUUUUAUACUAAAUAUCCCAUGCUAUUUAGUAUAUAUAAUCUUAUUACUUGCUUAUAUUCUAUAACCAUAAUAGGAAUGCUUCUUAUUAGAUCAAGAAAACUUGCGAUAUUUUGUUUAUUAUUAAUAAAAAUACACUUAAUAUGUGUUAUUGUAGCAAUUGGAAUCUUAAUUAAUUUACUUAAUAAUGAUGACUCCUAUCUUAAUUAUUGUAUUUUUAAUAUAUCAGAUAAUUUUUUACUUAAGACUAAUGAAUAUACUUUGUGGUAUCCGAACAUUGGAGAUAUUGAUAUUUGGAUUCAAAAAUGUGGUUUAAUUUAUGUAGAAAAUAUAAAAUAUUGCCCUAAAGUCAUUGAAGAUGUUUCUUUACAUAACAAUAAACUCUCUAAAUUCAUUGAAUUAUGUAUAGAUAAAUUUACUUUAAAUAAGGAAAUUAUUCAAUUGUCAAUUACUGUUACAUUACACUUGAAUUUCAUGUUAUUUAAUAUUGCCUUAGGUUAUUGUUUGUUAAAAAUUGUAUAUUCAUUAUAUUGCAUAUACUCUGUUGGAGGAAGUGGUUGGGAACUUCAAUCUGCGGAACAAUUAUUGAAAUACAAUGAAAGUUAUUCAUCUGAUGAUAAUCCAAUUAUUCCAUAUAGAUAUACACUAAAUGGAAAAAGUUUUUUAAGAUUUUGA